AUGAACUCACCCUGCAGCGGUUGUAAAAAACCAAUCAAAUCUUCAGAAAGAAUUACUUGCACUCAAUCUUCGUGCGACAAAAGAUAUCAUUACCUGUGUGUUAAUUUGAAUGUUGAUAACUUCAAAAAGCAGAAAAAUUUGAAAUGUCCUGACUGCUCCAUUAAACACUUGUCAAUAAUACGUAAGGAAGGAAAUAGUGAUGAUACUCCAAUUAAAUUGGCGACCAGCAGCGAAUUUUUAGACGACUCUCAAAAUAUUACUGUAAGGCGUCAAAAAGAGAGCGAACCCACUACUGAACACCAAGACUGUGUAUCUCGUGCUGAACUAGCAGAAAUUAUUCGUAUGGAAUUGCGUUCAGUGAUACGAGACACAUUAAAUGAGGAGUUCGCUAGUAUCAAAAAGAAAUUCAUGCAUUUGAAGAAACGAUUAAAUUUAUUAAUUCACAAUAUGAUGCUAUAA